AAUUUGAGAACCAUGUUAAUUGUAAUUCAAAUUUUUCAUCACCUCAUGUUUAUGGAUUAUCAUUAAAUCCUAAAACAGGUGAAUAUCUUAUGGUGUUUCAAUAUGCUGAGAGUGGAGAUCUUGUAAAUUAUUUGAAAAAUAAUUGGCAAUCGUUGAAAUGGAAAGAAAGAAUAAAUUCACUUGGAAGUAUUUCAUUUCAAUUGAAGCAAAUUCAUGAAUUAGGAUUAAUUCAUGCGGACUUUCAUUGUAGAAACAUUUUAUGGCAUAAAAAUUAUGGGUCAGUUUCAGAUCUUGGGCAAUCAAGAAAGAUAAAUGACAAUAAAGAA